UUGAUUGUUAUAAAAAGGGGGAGGUAAUUAUUUAGGGGAAGAAAGAAAGAAACAAAGUUGUCGACCAUGCAAUGCGCACGGAGAGGAAUUUUAUUUAUAUGGAGGAACUCUUUUAAUACGGAUACGCCGCUUCGUGCACAACCACAGAGGGGUUUUUUUCUCUAAAAGAAUUGUCCCGAACUUCUCCGUUAAAAUCGCACCGGACGGGAUUUGAAAAGAGGUAAUGAUACACCGACGGACUCAAGAGAAGAAGGCUUGUUUCUGGAGGUCAAAUUCACUUUUGAUUUCUUUUCGCGAUUGGGCUUUUAUUGUGGGAUGAAUGGCAGAAGUCUGGGGGGAGCAUCUAAUCCGAGAAGAUCACAGGAGAUUUUAAUUUAAAGGGUGCUUUUAUUUAGAAAGAGUGAGACUAUGCAGAUGUGGAAGGUCCACAAAGGACCGCUUUAGUGUCCUCGAUGUAUGCUUCUUCUCUAGCCUGCCUGGACUCCUUCAAUGGUCCAAAUGGAUUCUACCUGGAUGGUCUACAUGAUGUCAAACAGCAGAUGACUCAGGAUUAAGUCAUGUAACAGCCAUGGAAUGGUCUUAUUUAUCUGGUUUUCUAUUUGUUUAGUGUGUGUACAUAUGAGCAUAUGUGUACAUAUGGGACUUUCAGGCCAGUUUUAGCAUCAGAGUAGAAAAAAAAGCAGUGGAUUUGAAUGUUUUUAUGCUCCUCUUGCUUAAUUUGUAGCUACAGCGCUUCACGUCAUGGAUCGACCGAUAAGUAAGUUGUUAGAGAAGCUGAAGCUCACAGACUCGGGCAGCGUCAAAUUCAAUGGGUCCAAGAAAAAGCAGGACACAGCCAGUAACUCCAACAACAACAGCAACGGCAACACUGGCAUCUCUGGGGGUGGCGGUGGUGGGGGAAGUCUGCCACCCAGCUCCACAGCAACCUCGCCCUCCAGACCAGGCCAGUUCUCCACCACAAGCGACGCUCCAGCAACCGGAAGACUGGGAAUGACCCCGCAGAGUGGACCCCCAGAUGGCGAGCAACUAAUUCACCCAUCCACCCUGGCCCCCCUGAGGCGUCGCUCCCCCCAGCAGAGGGCCUCCUGCUACCUGGGAGAAGGUGUGGACUCCCAAAUGAGGCGAGAAUCCGGCCUGGGUCCAGAGUGUGAUGUAUUUGGAUCCAAGUCGUCCUUGAAUCAGCGCCGUUACUCCUUGGAGCUCCAGCAGCUGGUCAGAAGACAGCAACUCCUCUCCCCGCCGCCAUACCCAGCCAACCCCGCCAGCUACGGGUCUGCUUCCAGGACCAAUGGAGGGAUGGCAGAGUCCGGCUACAUCUCAGAACCAGAAAGGCACAAGCGUCUUUCUCUCCAGGAGGCGUUGUUCUACAAGCGCCUGAGCACAGGUAGUGAACCGUGGGAAAGCACCAGACCCGCUUCUCUUUCUCACACGCCGCACCGUCCAUCUGAUGUCAGCGGCGGGGUCAAUGGCGGCGUCGGAGGAGGCUUCUUCUAUCCUCCAUGUCCAACUCUGAGCCCAUGCUCGUCUUUCAGUCUCCAGGAGUCUGUGCUGGUCAGCCCCAGGUCCAGCUUUGCCUCCAGCACCGCGAGCGGUGGUGGCGGCGGAGGCAGUCCCAUGGGGAGCCGUUGUAGCAGUAACCGGACCAGCGGCAUCAGUCUGGGCUACGACUCUCGCUACUCCACCUCUGGAGGCCUUCCACUGCAGCAGCAAUCCCCCUCCAUGCAGACAGGGGGCAUUGCAGCUGGAUAUGGUGCUCCAGGAAGGGCUGCCGUGACCCCCGUCGAGGCCUGGACACAAUACCUGGAUGGGGGGAUGCGUCAAGGUGAUAGCCGACACUCAUACCCUCCUGCUGUCGGAAGUCCAGCUGCUGCAUGCUACCAGGCCGGCCCAGAAUGGUGGGACGAGCAGAGGGCAGGAGCUAGAGGCAAAGAUGUGGGGGUGGUAGGAGACAAGACCCGCUACUCAGACCUGCCCGGUACACGCUACCAAGAAGAGCUGACCCGGCUUCUUCUAAGAGACGCAGCAUUAGAAGGAGAUGGUCUUCUGGAGGGCCUGAUGCUGAAGGAAAACGCUCUGGCCCUCACGGCUCUGUCCAAACCCAGCACGGCGCUGGGGCCAUCAUCAGCCGGGGGGCCGGUCAAGGCUCAGGAGGAAGUUGGGGCAGCAGAGAACCGGCAGGAAUUCUUUGGGACCUGCGUCAAGUGCGGGAAAGGCGUGUAUGGGGCCGACAAUGCCUGCCAGGCUUUGGACAACCUUUACCAUACUCGAUGCUUCACCUGCGUGUCCUGUGGACGCACCUUGAGGAACAAGGACUUCUACAACGUCAAUGGCUCGGUGUAUUGCAAGGAGGAUUAUAUGUUUUCAGGAUUCCAGGCGGCUGCUGAGAAGUGCAGCGUGUGUGGACACCUCAUUCUGGAACAGAUCUUGCAAGCUCUGGGGAACUCCUACCAUCCCGGAUGUUUCCGCUGCGUGGUGUGUGCCAAGGCGCUGGAUGGCGUGCCCUUCACCGUGGACCAGCACAGCCAUAUCUACUGCGUGGCUGACUAUAACAAGACCUUUGCUCCAAAGUGUGCGGCCUGUUUGCAACCCAUCUUACCAACUGAGGGCAGUGAAGAGAUCCUCAGGGUUGUGUCCAUGAAUAAGGACUACCACUUUGAGUGUUACCACUGUGAGGAGUGUGGCAAGCAGCUCUCCGAUAAGCCCGGCUCACAGUGCUUCCCGCUGGACUCCCAUCUCCUGUGCCACCCGUGUCACAUGAGCAGAGUGUGCAGCACACACUGAGGAACAUCCUUUCUCUUUUUAAAUUUCUCAGCAUGUAACUGCUGAUAUUAAGACAUUCCCACAGCUCUUUGACUUGAAUCUGCCCCCUUUCCCCGACAUAGUGCCACCUGCUGUUCUUCUGUACCAUGGGUUAUAAAGGGAACAGGAAAGACUACUGCUCAGUUGCUGUAGAAGAACAAGAAAUCCUGCUAAACUCUGUACAUAUUUUUUUUUAAAUAGCAAACAUUUUGCACUUAACUUACUGUAAGAGAUUUGUAAGGUAAAUUUGGAGGACAAUUUCUGUAUUCUGUAAUAAAUUGUGUUGACUAGUUGAUUAAAUUGACAGCUUUCUAUAAAAAUAGUGACCCCCCCUAAUAAUUAGUAUGAUGACCAAACACAUCAUUUUACAUUUAUUAAUUUCUUUUAUGGAACUUGCAAUACAUUCAGUACUUGCAGGAAGGACGAAAAAAAUCAACUAAGAAUAAAAUGUUAAUAAAAUGGAAUUCUAUUAGAAGACAAACCAUUUGAAUAUAGAUAUGAUUAACAGGUGAGUCCAUUCAUGGGGAUGAUCACAUCCAGCAUAGAAAUGACUUUCCAUCACACCUUGCUAAAUUACACUUGUGUUUAGACCGUGGUUUGUUUGCUUUCACAAUACAGCAGCCCGUAAAGCUGUGUUAAAAUGUAAAAAGGAAAAAUACGAUAAAAUAAAACAACCCUCGCUAAUCUGAAAGUGAGUGAAACACUAAAACUGAUCUGAGGACAGGAUAUCUAUUUUGGACUUUAUGGGAGGAAUAAACUGCAGAACCACAGAACUUUGAGGGGAAAGAAAAAAAGAAAAAAAAUGCAGCCUCCCAAACCUCAAGAGAACACUGCCCCCCCUCCAUCUUUCUUCAACAGAUGCCAGUUAAAAGCACAACAUAUGAAGGGGGAGUCUGCCCUCCAG